AUGAUGCUCCGCGCAGUGCCGGAUCCGCUGUCACUCGUAGGCAAGUCAGGGAGACUGCAGGAUGAGGAUCUGGACAUCGGAGCAUGUGUUCGACCACCCAUGGGAGACUGUAACAACAGCCGCCAUGCAGAAAUAUCCCAAUCCCAUGAACCCAAGUGUAGUUGGCGUGGACGUAUUAAACCGACACAUUGACUCCAGCGGCAAACUCCACAGUGACCGGCUCCUCAGCACGGAGUGGGGGAUGCCUUCCCUCGUCAAGUCGAUUAUUGGGGCAUCCAGAACAAAGACCUAUGUUCAGGAACAUUCCGUGGUGGAUCCCGUAGAAAGAACAAUGGAGCUAGAAUCCUCCAAUAUAACAUUCACAAACAUGGUGUCCGUGGAUGAAAGACUCAUUUAUAAGCCGCACCCCCAAGACCCUGGAAAAACCGUGCUCACACAGGAAGCCAUCAUUGCAGUGAAAGGGGUCAGUCUGAGCAGUUACUUAGAGGGAAUGAUGGCAAAUACCAUUUCUUCCAAUGCAAACAAGGGCCGGGAUGCAAUGGAAUGGGUAAUCGGCAGAUUAAAUGCCGAAAUUGAAGAUCUGAAAGCAUCGACCAGAAGCAGCAUAAGGUCAUCGAUGGCAGCGGCUGCGUUUCUGGAGAAAUGAUGACACGGAAGGGCCACAGUAGUGAUAGAUCUUAGUUAGCUGAUGAUACCGAGCAAGCCGUGGCUUCCCUCCAUGAAGUUAAUCUAUUUAUUCUUAUUUAAGAAUGUAUCUUUAUUGAGUAGGUUUUCAAAUUGGACUUUGGAGGGAGGCGACGACUUUGGGGGAACAACAAUGACAUUUGGGGGACCAGCAGGCGUCUCUCCAUGGAUACGACUGGAUGCCGGCCCUUUGUAACAUGGUCAAAUGCCUGGCUCGGUGUCACGUGGCCUGAGACAGAAGAACCGUCUAAGAGGCUGAACUGGGGCGGCUAUGGAAUAAUUUUAAUUUCCUCUAUUACUGGCCAUGCUCAUUGUCUGGGACCAACAGUUCAGCCCACCAGGUUCCUCAUGCCUUUAACAGAAUAAUACUUUUAUUCCAGAUGCUACAGACUGAUAUUUGCCUGGCAACGUAGCAAAGCUUGUAUUGACGCUAACUAAAUGUAGGCUUGAGAAUGGUUCAAUUUUCCCAUUUACUAGUGUUUCCUUUAAUUCCUGGCAUUAAUGGGGCAAUGCAGACCGGCGUCCAACAUCAGCACUAUGGGUAUUUAUUUUUACCCUAGAUACCUCUCUCUUCCCUUUGUAAUUGACAGUGUUAGAGCAAGCCCCUACCAUCUGGAGAUCUUCAAGGAUAUCUUCAUUCAAUUGGCAAUGAUAAUAUUUCAUUUAUGUCCUCUACUUCUCCCAAAAUUGCCCUGCAUAACUAAGAGGCCAGAAUAUAAAACUAAAUACAAUCAUAUAGAUAAUUCUGUAUUCAAAAUAAAAUAUGGUGACCACAAGCUUUACGUUGGACGCAAGUUUAUGUUGCCUACUUUUGGUGUGCAUAUAUAACCAUCUCUCAACUGGAUACACAUUCCUGUGAUAAUCUAGUAUUCCCAGCAUGUAAAUUAGCUUGUACUGUAUUUACACCACCCCGUCCCAUAGCUGCCAGUUCAGGUGCAGCAGCCGUAGAGUUGUAACCUCUAAAAAUGAAACCGUUAAAUACUAGGUUGGCGAGGAGUUUGUACUUUGUUACUUAACAAGAUCCAGGUUGGGCUGAGAGUUGUAGUACAGCAACAUUGCUGUCCACACCUAACCCAAAGCAAUGGUUGGAAUUCAUAGAGAAUGUAUUGAAAGAUUAAGGAAAAUUAAGGAAGCGUUAUUGUUGAAGUACUGUAGAGAAUGAAGGGGGGUAUAUAAAUGAGUGACAGCAGUGUUGGAUUCUGUAUAAGUGCAGAAAGAAUAAGCCUCACAUUUCAGUAGUGGUAUAUAACAAACAAAAAAAACCUUGUUUCUAUUUAAUAUACAUGUUCCAGUUCCUGGCAAUAUCUUGUUAAUGUAACCAAUGUUCAAUGGUUCUGGGCAUCCUGUGAGAAAAAGCUGGAAGAGAGCAAUCGAAUGCAUGUGCGUUGUGCUCAGGCCAGACAAGUGUAACCUAGCCUUGCAUGUAUGGAUACUGAAGUGUACGUGGACAUUUUUGUAAUGUGAUCACUCCAGAGUUUAUUUUUUAUAUAAAUAUUGUUCUUAACAAAUGGGAUAUUAUGUCAUCAACAAAGCCUAGUAAAAAUGGGGAAAAAAAAUCAGCUUUGGCUCUGUGUGCUCUGUUACUCUGUAUGUGCAUUUGGAAUUUGAAAUAAGAGGUAGACCGUGCCUUACUGUCCUGUUUCCAUUAGAGUAUGUGGGUGCUGCUUACAGUUGUAUGUAUUUCUAUGUAUACAUAUGCCAUAUCAUGUACUUUGCAAGGUAUAAAUAUUAAAAAAUAUGCAGACUUUU